UUUACAGUAAUUUUUAAUUAUAUCGAAGAAAAUGUAUUCUGUCAAUUUCGAUGCACCUUGUCGGAGUUCAUUGAGGGUGCCUUCGGUGUCAGGCUUGAAGGCAAAAUACUUGAAGAAAAAGGAGGAGAGUCGAGGACCACACUUAACCAAAGCGUAUUACAGUUCAAAGGUCCUUAUAGGGAAUUGGUUUGAUCGUCGCAGUGAGUAUAAACCUCCUCCGGAUGAAUGGUGCUCUACGUAUGAAACCAGCUAUCCAGUUUAUGACAAAGAAUUUGUAAGAAGAGAUGAAUGCGAUCUAUGGGAUAAUAAAUUAAAUAAUGAGGGUCUGGAUCGUAAGAAUCUCAUGGACCAUCAUGGAGAGGCAUAUUUAAAAAAUAUGACGACAACCUAUGAUCUGUCGUUCAGAAUUUUGCCAGAGAAAUCUAAAGAACUGAGACGAAGAGUUUACAACACAAGGAGAGGCGAGUGGCUACCAACUUUGGACUUGAUAAAUAUUUACGGAAAUUUGACAAAUUUUGGAUUGGCUGAAAGCAUUGAGUGUGAAAGACUGAAGACUGAGCACGAGAAUCAGAAGAUUUGGGUACCGAUGUAUACGGAUCAUUACAGGAAACCAAAGAUCAAUUCAGAGAAUUCUGUUAAACGAAUUCCAAGACCUAUCGGAGACUUGAAAAGCCUGAAUCUAGAGCACUUAGGCAUCCAAGAUCCUCCAAAAAAGCAUCCCUGGGCAAGGACUCACAAAUUAUUCAAUUCUUGGAUCUAUCCGACAUCGAUGAAGACACUAAAAAUAAAAUCCACAGAUCAAACAUUUGUUUGAUAUAUAUUAAUAUCUUACAAACCUUUCGAAGCUCUCUAUAAAAGCUUUUUAACA